GCUGCCGGCAGUAGUGUGUGGUACAAUUUGACAGCAGCGCUAUCUCUCCAAAGAAGGCUUAGCGCUCUCACUUUUCUCUCUUUCUCAUUACCGCUCGCAUUGUCUCCACCGACAGCAAGAGAGAGAGACUUAUUUGGGGCCUGUGUCUGGAAUAAGGACGUACAGCUGUUUCUGACUCGGGAGACGAAAGAUAAGACUCCUCUGGAUUUCCACAGAGAUUUUGAUCUGGAUAUCUCAUUUCCGAGGCAAUUGAAACCGUCUAACUGGAUGUGUGACCAAACAUCUGAAAAAAGAAAUCCGGAGGAGUUUUACUCUUUCCUGCCCCCUGUCUGAGGCGGCUCGGCUGCUAGCUUCGUCUCUCUGGUGGGAAUACAGUGUCGCAUUGGGAGGGUCCUGUUGGACUGUGUGCAUCGGACGGCAUGUUGGCACCCGCAUGAACCACGAUGAAAAGCCUCAGCUCUGGUACUCUUUCCUGAGACAACAACUACAGGAUGAACCUUGGAGCAGGGUUUCAGGAGAGAGAAUGCCACAUUGACUUUCACACCUUCAACCUCAGGCCCUUGUCUUUCAGCCGUUGGGACAGUUACUGGGGUGCGUGAAGGCUGUGAAUCUCCCGCCCGCUCGCUCCAGAUCGCACCGGUCUGACUCACGGGCCUCGGUGAGCCGGCCAGACUGAGGCUGCCAGGAUGCUGGUGCCAAGCUGUCCCAUGAUGCACCGGGGCGGGGCCUUGCUGCUCCUCCUCAGCCUCCUCUCCCUCGCUGACACUGAGACACCUCCCAAAUUUUUGCGAACUCCCAACGACCAGACGGGCGUGCAGGGUGGUGUCGCCUCGUUCAUCUGCCAGGCGACGGGCGACCCACGGCCCAAAAUCGUCUGGAACAAGAAGGGGAAGAAAGUCAGCAACCAGCGCUUUGAGGUGAUAGAGUUCGAUGACGGCUCUGGGUCUGUGCUAAGAAUCCAGCCCUUGCGUACCCCACGAGAUGAAGCUAUUUACGAAUGUGUGGCCUCCAACAGUGUUGGAGAGACAAGUGCUUCCACAAGACUCACUGUUUUACGUGAGGACCAGCUCCCCGCUGGUUUCCCCACCAUCGACAUGGGCCCGCAGCUGAAGGUGGUGGAGCGAACGCGCACCGCCACCAUGCUGUGUGCGGCCAGCGGGAACCCCGACCCGGACAUCUCCUGGUUCAAAGACUUCCUGCCCGUUAACACCACCAACAAUAACGGGCGCAUCAAGCAGCUAAGAUCAGAAUCCUUUGGUGGUACACCAAUAAGAGGUGCCCUCCAGAUCGAGCAGAGCGAGGAGGCGGACCAGGGGAAGUACGAGUGCGUCGCCACCAACAACGACGGGACUCGCUACUCGGCCCCCGCCAACCUUUACGUCAGAGUGCGGAGGGUCCCCCCCAGGUUCUCCAUCCCGCCCACCGACAACGAGAUCAUGCCGGGCGGCAGCGUGAACAUCACGUGCGUGGCGGUGGGCUCGCCCAUGCCCUACGUCAAGUGGAUGCUGGGAGCCGAGGACCUGACGCCCGAGGACGACAUGCCCAUCGGGCGGAACGUCCUGGAGCUCACCGACGUGCGCCAGUCCGCCAACUACACCUGCGUCGCCAUGUCAACGCUGGGCGUCAUCGAGGCCGUCGCCCAGAUCACGGUCAAAGCCUUGCCCAAACCCCCGGGCACCCCCGUGGUGACCGAGCGGACCGCCACGAGCAUCACGCUGACCUGGGACUCCGGCAACCCGGAGCCCGUCUCCUACUACAUCAUCCAGCACAAGUCCAAGUUCUCCGAGGACACGUACAAGGAGAUCGACGGCGUGGCCACCACGCGCUACAGCGUGGGCGGCCUCAGCCCGUACUCGGACUACGAGUUCCGCGUGGUGGCGGUCAACAACAUCGGGCGGGGCCCGGCCAGCGAGGGCAUCGAGGCCAAGACGGCCGAGCAGGCGCCCAGCACGGCGCCCCGACAGGUCAGGGGUCGCAUGCUCAGCAGCACCACCGCCAUCAUCCACUGGGACGAGCCCGAGGAGGCCAACGGCCAGAUCAUGGGCUACCGGGUCUACUACACCGUGGAGCCCAGCCUGCACGUCAACCUGUGGGAGAAGCAGAUCGUGAGAGGGGCCAACUUCCUCACCAUCCCGGGGCUGACGCCCAACAAGACCUACUACAUCAAGGUGCUGGCCUUCACUUCGGUGGGGGACGGGCCCCUGUCCCCCGAUCUGCAGAUCAUCGCCAAGACUGGAGUCCCGUCACAGCCAACCGACUUUAAAGCGGAAGCCAAAUCAGAAACGAGCAUAGUGUUGUCAUGGAUACCCCCAGUGCAGAACGGUCAGGACAAUCAAAUCACAGGAUACGAACUGCUCUAUAAGAAAGGAGAUGACAAGGAAGAGAAGCGACUCAGCUUUGAGCCCAUGACCACCUUCCUCCUGAAGGACCUGAAGCCCUUCACCACGUACAUCUUCCUGCUAGCUGCUCGCAGCAAGCACGGUAUCGGGGCGUACACCAACGAGAUAUCCGCCGAGACGCCCCAAACACACCCCUCUGCCCCCCCACGGGACGUCAAAUGCUCGAGCCCCAGUUCCACGACCAUACUGGUAAGUUGGCUGCCGCCACCAGUGGAGUCACAGAACGGAAUAAUCACCCAGUACACCGUCCACUACGCCGCGGCGGAGGAGGGCCCGCCUUCCCGCCAGGUCUCUAACCUCCCGCCGGAAAGCUCCCAGCACCUCUUGGAAAACCUGGAGAAAUGGACAGAGUACCGCGUGUCCGUGAGCGCCCACACGGAUGUCGGACCGGGCCCCGAAAGCUUGCCGGUGCUGAUCCGCACGGACGAGGAUGUUCCCAGUGGUCCCCCUCGUAAAGUCGAGGUGGAGGCUGUCAACUCCUCUUCGGUUAAAGUGGUCUGGCGUUCGCCGGUGCCCAACCGACAGCACGGGCAAAUCCGGGGGUACCAGGUGCACUAUGUCAAGAUGGUAAACGGGGAGCCCACCGGUCAGCCCGUGAUCAAGGACAUCCUAAUCGACGACGCGCAGUGGGAAUAUGAUGACUCGACUGAACAUGAAAUGGUCGUUACCGAGCUUCAGGCCGAGACCACGUACUCCUUUGCCGUGGCGGCGUACACAACUAAAGGUGACGGAGCUCGGAGCAAGCCCAAGCAGGUCACCACGACAGCCGCAGUGCCAGAAAAGCCCAGACUGAUGGUCAGCCCCACGAACAUGGGCACCGCCCUCCUCCAGUGGCACCCCCCUGCGCUCACCUACGGGCCCCUGCAGGGGUACCGGCUGAGGUUCGGCCGCAAGGACGCGGAGACCCUGACGGUCAUCGAGUUCCCGGAGAGGGAGAACCACUACACCACCAAGGAGAUCCACAAAGGGGCCUCCUACGUCUUCCGCCUCUCGGCCCGGAACAAGGCGGGCUUCGGGGAGGAGACGGUGAAGGAGAUCAGCACCACGGAGGACAUCCCCAGCGGGUACCCCCAGAACAUUGCGUCGGAAAGCGCCACCACCGCCACCAUCCAGAUUAGCUGGAAGCCCGUGGCCCUGGGGGAGCGCAACGGCAACAUCGUCAAGUACGCCCUGCAGUACAAGGACAUCAACAGCCCCCGGAACCCAUCCGAGCUGUUCAUCACCGCCCCGGAGUCCGUCGUGACUCUCGACGGCCUGAAAGCGGACACCACUUACGAUAUCAAAAUGUGCGCGUUCACCAGCAAGGGCUCCGGGCCCUAUAGCCCCAGUGUUCAGUUCAGGACACAGCCCCUCGAUCAAGCAGUGUUCGCAAAAAAUUUUCACGUGAAAGCGGCGAUGAAGACUUCGGUGCUCCUCACCUGGGAGAUUCCGGAAAACUAUAACCCGGCCCAGACGUUCACCAUACUCUAUGACAACGGGCAGAGUGUGGAGGUGGACGGCAAGCUGACGCAGAAGCUGAUCACAAACCUGCAGCCGCAGACGCAGUACUCCUUCCUGCUGACCAACCGCGGGAACAGCGCCGGCGGCCUCCAGCACCGCGUGAGCACCAUGACCGCGCCCGACGUGCUCCACACCAAGCCCUACCUGGUCGGCAAGAUCAGGUCCGACGGCAUGGUGACCGUGGAGCUGCCAGCUGUGCAGACCACGGAGAAAGUGAGGGGAUACUACAUCGUGGUGGUGCCUCUGAAGAAGCGCGGCGGGAAGUUCGUCAAGCCCUGGGACAAUCCCGACGAAAUGGACCUUGAGGAGCUGCUGAAGCAGAUUAACCGGACGAGCAGGAGUCUUCGCGUGCGCCGGCAGUUGGAGCCCAAGGCCUACAUCACGGCCCACUUCAAGGAUCUGCCCACCGGGUUCACGCUGGGCAACCGGCAGGUCUACGGCAACUUCGAGAACAAGCCCCUCCAGAGCGGGCAGGAGUACAUCUUCUUCGUGCUGGCCGUCCUGGAGAUCUCGGAGAAUACGAUGUACGCCACCAGCCCGUACUCCGACCCCGUGGUGUCAGCUGACAUCGACCCUCAGCCAAUGAUUGACGAGGAGGAGGGGCUGAUCUGGGUGGUGGGCCCUGUGCUGGCCGUAGUCUUCAUCAUCUGCAUCGUCAUCGCCAUUCUCCUGUACAAGAGCAGCAAACCAGACAGGAAAAGGGCCGAGUCGGACGGCAGAAAGGGAAGUCUUCCCAACAGCAAGGAGAUCGCCUCCCAUCAUCCCACCGACCCCGUGGAGCUCCGGCGCCUCAACUUCCAGACGCCCGGUUCAGGUGUCUCCGGUUACCACGGUAACCUCCAUUUGUCAAGCAUGGCGAGCCACCCGCCUAUUCCCAUCAUGGAGCUCGCCGAUCACCUGGAGCGCCUGAAAGCCAACGACAACCUGAAAUUCUCCCAAGAGUACGAGUCUAUCGACCCUGCCCAGCAGUUCACGUGGGAACACUCCAACCUCGAAGUCAACAAGCCAAAGAACCGCUACGCCAACGUCAUCGCGUACGACCACUCGCGCGUGCUCCUCUCCGCCAUCGACGGCAUCCCAGGAAGCGACUACAUCAACGCCAACUACAUCGACGGCUACAGGAAGCAGAACGCCUACAUCGCCACGCAGGGAUCGCUGCCUGAGACCUUCGGCGACUUCUGGAGGAUGAUCUGGGAGCAGCGGAGCGCCAACAUCGUCAUGAUGACCAAGCUCGAGGAGAGGUCAAGGGUGAAGUGUGACCAGUAUUGGCCCAGUCGAGGCACGGAGACGUACGGCCUCAUCCAGGUCACGCUGCUGGACACGGUGGAGCUGGCCACGUACUGCGUGCGGACCUUCGCACUGUAUAAAAACGGCUCGAGCGAGAAGCGGGAGGUGCGGCAGUUCCAGUUCACGGCCUGGCCGGACCACGGCGUCCCAGAGCAUCCCACCCCCUUCCUGGCCUUCCUGCGGAGGGUGAAGGCCUGUAACCCUCCGGACGCCGGGCCCAUGGUGGUGCACUGUAGUGCCGGGGUGGGCCGGACCGGCUGCUUCAUCGUCAUCGACGCCAUGCUGGAGCGCAUCAAGCACGAGAAGACGGUGGACAUCUACGGCCACGUCACGCUGAUGCGGGCCCAGAGGAACUACAUGGUCCAGACGGAGGACCAGUACAUCUUCAUCCACGACGCCCUGCUGGAGGCCGUCAUGUGUGGCACCACCGAGGUGGCCGCCCGCAACCUGUACGCCUACAUCCAGAAGCUCACGCAGAUCGAGUCCGGCGAGAACGUCACCGGCAUGGAGCUGGAGUUCAAGCGUUUAGCCAACUCAAAAGCCCAUACAUCACGAUUCAUCAGUGCCAAUCUUCCAUGUAACAAGUUCAAGAACCGCCUUGUUAAUAUAAUGCCAUACGAGUCCACGAGAGUAUGUCUCCAGCCAAUCAGAGGGGUCGAGGGCUCCGAUUACAUCAACGCCAGCUUUAUUGAUGGGUACAGGCAACAGAAGGCCUACAUCGCCACGCAGGGUCCUUUAGCUGAGACCACGGAAGACUACUGGCGGAUGCUGUGGGAACACAACUCCACCAUAGUGGUCAUGCUCACCAAGCUAAGAGAGAUGGGGAGGGAAAAGUGCCACCAGUACUGGCCAGCGGAGAGAUCUGCCCGGUACCAGUACUUUGUGGUGGACCCGAUGGCCGAGUACAAUAUGCCCCAGUACAUCCUGAGGGAGUUCAAAGUGACCGACGCCAGGGACGGUCAGUCGCGGACGGUCCGGCAGUUCCAGUUCACGGACUGGCCCGAGCAAGGCGUGCCGAAGUCCGGGGAGGGCUUCAUCGACUUCAUCGGCCAGGUUCAUAAAACGAAAGAGCAGUUUGGCCAGGACGGGCCCAUCUCGGUGCACUGUAGCGCUGGAGUCGGCAGGACCGGCGUCUUCAUCACGCUCAGCAUCGUGCUGGAGAGGAUGAGGUACGAGGGCGUGGUGGACAUCUUCCAGACCGUCAAAAUGCUCCGGACACAGCGGCCAGCCAUGGUGCAAACAGAGGAUCAGUAUCAGUUCUGCUACAGAGCUGGCUUGGAAUAUCUUGGAAGUUUUGAUCACUAUGCAACGUAAAAAAUAACCCCAUUCCCGGAGGAUGCAGUAGGCCCCUCAAGACCCAGGGAGCCUUGUCUGAGCCAUAAUCACACGCUUGGGAAGUACUUCUUCACUUCUAGCUAAAGACAAACUAAAUGUCGGAUGUGAAACAAACAAAAAAAAAUAAAAAUAAAAAAAAUGAUUCCAAGUGGACCAAGAAUUUACGUAUUUGAUAAACUACCCUGAAGAAUGACGAGCUGGAACCCUGACUGGUGAAGCGGCACGAGGAGGGAUAUUUUUCUGUUGCUUUGAGGAUUCGUCUCGAGUUUGAAAAUAAAUAAAAACAAAAAACAUCCACAACUACCGCAUCAACCGUUCCACAGCUUGAGAGGAGCAGUCAGUGGCUGGGAAAGCCUUCGCAGUGAAGAACACUGAAAAGCGAAAGACUUUGAAACUUUCCACAAUCAAUAACACAGAGACACUUCAUCUGACUCAUGGACACCAGACCGUGGUAAACUCUCUAAAGAGGACGCGUCAACAGUAAUAAGUCCCCUCAUCUCCCUCCAUACCUACCGUUCAUUAUUAAUGAUUUGGGGAAACGGGGAAUGUUUAAAGAAUUAUAAAUGAAUACAACUUAUCAAUUUAGUUUUUUAGUACUUUAUUAUACGGCUAACAUGUGCUUCAUUUUUAACUGUGUAAACUUAUUUCCCUUUUUAACAAACUUUUAUCAUUUGAAGAAAUGAAUCGAACGAAACAUUUGCUUAUCUUUUCACUUUUUUCUUUUUUUUUUUUUUGUCGGACAGUUGGUUUUAUUUUUUUAAGCUCUACAGCUGUUCUGUCGUGUGUACCGCCAGACAGAGGAACGUCUUUUCCGCCCGAGUUGUGUCCUCCCCUCUCCCCUCUAUGGCUUUUGUGUUCCGGGGGUUAGUCGCACCGUUUGUGUGCAGCGCUGCGUCCACGCAACCAAAUGUUCACUUCGUCACAGGGUUCUUUUUUCAGCCUCACUUUUCAUUUCUCCAUUUUUAGGAAAAAAAAAUAAAAAUAAAAAAUAUAUAUAUACAUGUAAUGUAUUCCCGUAUCACCAUGACAACGACAAACUGGGUCUUUGUGGAAUCAACAGGGAGGAGCAGAGUAUGAAGUUGCUGCUAGCGAUUAUCUUCGUUCUUCCGUGUUACGAUGACGUGAACAGACGAAACAGCCUUUGAUGAGAAUAUCCCUUAUAUACAUAGCUAUAAAGAUAUAGAAAAUAUACAUACAUAUUUAGAAAUAAAUAAAUAUAUAUAUAGAAAAUAAUUUAUAUAUGAAAAAUAUCCACAAUGAGAUUUCUGUACUAUGGGGGAAAUUUCUAUUUUCUUUUUUUUUCACUGGAAUGCACAUCAGUAGGGAAAAAAGAACCUGUUAAAGUGCAUCUUUUCUUGUGCAAUAAAUAGUCAUAAUAGAGGUAGGAUUUUCAUGGUUUUUUUUUCUGUAACUCAUGGCGUCUGUGUUUCAUGAAGUGUAAACGAGGGGUUCGUCCUCGUUUCGGUCUGUACGCCACGCGCGGGUUCAGCGCCCGCGGCCCCGUCGGCAGGUGAGGGAUCGCCCGCGCGUCGCGGGAGAACCGCGCGUUUCAUCCGUCAGCCUGGCGGGGCGAGGCACAGAGACACCGCUGCCCGCGGGGCUCCAGUACGGGCCGCCACGCCACAUUGUAACGUUUUCAUUUUGCAUUUAGAGUGCCUUAUAUCUUAUGCCUCUUUUAUAAUGUUCCUUUCAAUACCCUUUUGUGCAUUCUUAAAUUUAGUCCAUAUAUUAAUGUAUAUUUAAUUUUACCAGAAGUAUUCUUGUUAAUAUUACAUUGUACCAAAUUAUAUAUGCAAAUAAUUCCAUUUUCAUGAUCGUAUUUUGAUUUGUCUGUGGCCUUGCUGUAGAGGAGAGUGGCCAAAGGCAUUUAUAGAGUUCUCAAACCAUUACAAAACACAACACAAGCAAGUAUGAAAACAGACCUGCAUUCUGUCCCCUUGUGCUUUCAGUUUUACAAGUUCAAAGCUAUUAAUUUUGUAUCCCUAACUAGCACUUUGAACAUGUUGACAUAGUUAUUUGUUAUAAUAGCAGAAAAUAAUUUGUAAUGGGUGUGUAUUAGGUGUCAGGGCAUUACACAUAUUACGUGCCGGUCAGGAGGAGUUGUAAGGGCAUGUUCAGAGGACAUUUUGAAAAAGCUAAGUACUCUUCGACUGUUAAAUGACCAAACCACAGUAGCACCAAGCAAUUCUUCUUCAUUCGCUGUGUAGAGUACUCCUCGAUAAACUGUGGGGCUGACAGAGUGCACUUAGAUGUAGAUUCACAGCUGAAAGGGACUCACAGAAAGCCAAGCUAGAGGUUUAUAAAGAUUAACAUCAGAUAAACGCUAAAGGAGAACACAAUAAGAAACUCUCACGCAGGCUGGCAUUCACAGUCCUGACAAUCCCGGCCUGUUAUCCAGUCUGUCUGCUUUCUGCUGCAGAUGCACUUUAAUGCUUUUUUUCUGGAGGAUAAGGACACGCACACACACACACAUACACACCUGCACAAGCACACACACACACACAUGCAUGUACACAUGCACACACACACAUACCCACGCACAUGCGCAUAAUACGCACACAGACACACGCGUCCACACGCACACACAUAUACAUACACACACACACACGUCCACACCCACGCAUCCACGUGUGCACUCACAUGUACACAUAAGCAUACCCACACACAUGCACAUGCGCAUACGCGCGCACACACACACACACAUACACACACACACACACACACAUCCACACACCGACACAUGCGUCCACACACUAACAAAAGGCACCUGUUUUUCAUAGCUCUGCUUGAACGCUUUAUGGAUGUGCAUUCCAGUUUCCCUUUGUAUUUCAAGAAGCUCAAUUAUAUUUUGGCCAGUUAAUCAGUCGACCAGAAUUUCUUUCUUUACUUUUUUUUAUUCUAAAUGUGCUAUUAUUUAACCCCAUCCAGGUGUAGACACCUUGUAUCAUUUCAUUUUUUAUAUUUACUAUCUUCAUAAAAUCUGUGUACAUUUGUACUGGUCCACUUAUGUUUUAUUUCUCUAGUUGAUAUGCAUGGCGAAACAUCGCAGACGGCCACAGGGGGGCGCUAAUGGAAGAAUUGCACUUUCUAUGUCUUUGUACUAUGCACUGCCCUAUUGAUUCUAAACCCAAUAAUAUAUUACUUGAACCCAUCUGUAAGAAUUUGCUUAAACGUUCACUUUGUGUGUAUGUAAAUAACACAGAAAAAGAUAUCAACUAUAAAGAAAAAGACAAAAAAAAGUUUGUGGCAAAAAGAGCAUCCAUUCUGGUGCCAUGAUACUCCAAACGGACGACUGCAGAUUCUGUCAUAACCAUCUGUUACGUGGCUUCGGCAUUCAAGCUUGGAGUGUCAUUUCGAAAAAUAAACGUCGUGUUCUCUGCUCUCUCUAUCUAUCUCUCGUCUGGAUGCAUAGACUGAAAUUAAAUAAACGAAAUUGUAAAAAAAAAAAAAAAUGGCUUGUUAAAAGAAUCAUACAAUUACCUCUGAUUAGUAGUAAACGUAAACUUUUUUUCUGAAUGAAAGGAGUGCUGUUUAUUUUCUUACUUGGGUUACAUUGGUGGCGAAAGAAGUGUGUAUGAAAAUCAGUUCUUUGCUGACACAACUUCCAUUUGUUACAAAUGAAUUCUAAUAAAAAAAUGUCAGUGUUAUGCA